AUGCUUGAGAAGGUGCUAGCCAACCAAGACAAAGCAGAUAGAAUAUUGAAUGGGCUGAUCGUGGGAUCUCACAGUGCUUCCAUUCAGAAGCUCGAGUCGCAGAUACGAGAUAUUUCCAGAGAACAACACCCUCCACAGAAGGGAGGACUUCUUAGUGACACUAUUCUAAAUCCGAAGAGUGGUAGAGUUACUGAAGAAGAAGAGGCACAAUCUGAUGUGCCAACAAUUAUUGAUGAGGUCCAAACAGAGGUUCCUAUUACUAAGAAGGUCACUGAUAUUCCAAAAAAUUCUAAAAAGCAUGAAUGCAGUAGUGACACUAGCAAAGCAACAGUUAAAAAGGCUCUUCGCCCUUUGAUCGAACUAUUUAAAUCUAAACCUCCCUUUCCACAGAGGUUGGUGAAGAAGACUAAGGAUGCUAAGUGUCAGAGGUUCUAUGAUCAGUUAAAGCAGCUAUCGAUGAACAUUUCUUUUCUUGAUGCCUUCCACGAGAUGCCGGGUUUUGUAAAAUAUUUGAAGGAACUGUUGACAAAGAAGAGAACGAUCAAGCAUGACACUGUGAGUCUAACUCAUCAUUUUAGUUCUAUCAAUACUAUAACGAGUGUUCAGAAGAAAGAGGAUCCAGAGGCCUUUACUAUUCUAUGUUCUGUUGGUCACCUUGAUUUUGCUCGUGCUUUAUGUGAUAAUGAGGCUAGCAUUAAUCUUAUGCCGCUUACUGUUUAUAAGCAAUCGGGGUUUGGAAUGCCUAGACCUACCACCAUGAGACUACAUAUGGCUAAUAGAUCUAUAAAGAGGCCAGUUGGGGUUGUUGAUGAUGUGCUUAGUUGGGUUGGCGAAUUCCUUCUACAGGCAGAUUUCGUGAUUUUUGAUUGUGCUGUUGAUCAAGAUAUUCCUAUUAUUCUGGGAAGACCUUUCCUUUCCACAGGAAGGGCUCUUAUGGAUUCAGAGACAAACAAGAUCAAGUUCCGUGUUAAUGAUUAA